UGCCUUCCCUCCAAAGAGCCGUUCCAGGGCUUGGGGAAGCGUGCGUUCCCUCUCCCCAAAGAUGCGCUGAUUUGGUCAGCUGCUCUCCGUGGGGUACAGAGCUUUCCUGACACUCAGCUCAGCCUGGGAAGCCACUCGCUGGGUCCGUGGCAGGACAGAGGACGAGUGUUUCCCCUGGAGAGGACAGCACCGGCGUUAACCAUGUGGAUUUGGGUUUCCCGGGGGGCUCCUCUCCCCAGUUCGUGGGCACUUGAUCCACACAGGGGCUGAGCACAGGAAAGGCAGGCACUGGGAAGGGAGACAUAGCAUGCCACGCCGUUGUGGGCUGGAAGCUCACCGUGCUUUUGCCCCCCAGACUUCAGGAAACCUUCUUUUUUGGUGAAGCAAACCCCAAGCUCCUGUUCCUUUGCUGCAUGCCCGCUCACCAGUGCUGGAUUAUGUUUGUCUCCUUCUCCCUUUGCUCCAUAAUUUGGUUGAAUCGUGGUUUCAAGCUAAGGAAAAGGGGCUGCACCUAAGCGCGCCGGGGCACCCGGACCAAGCUGCUGGGGUGCUGAUUCACGCAGAGACGUUCUGAGUGCUGAUGGGGGAGAGCUGCCUCUGAGAUCCUUCCUCUUCCCGUCCAAAACACGCUGCCUCACCGUUCAGCGCCGUUCUCCCCGCAGCAGAGAGAAUGGGCAGCACCGAUGGGUUCCAGUACCGUGCGCUCUACCCCUACCGCAAGGAGCGCGAGGAGGACAUUGAUCUGCAGCCUGGGGACAUCCUGGUGGUGAGCAAGGGGGCCCUGCAAGCCUUGGGCUUCAAAGAUGGGGAUGAGCAGACCCCCAACCAAAUCGGGUGGAUCCUGGGCGUCAACGAGCGGACCAAGCAGAAGGGCGACUUUCCCGGCACGUACGUGGAGUACGUGGGGCCGGUGAAGAUCUCCGUCCCUUCUCACCGGCCCCGAGUGCAGAGACCCCUGCCCGCCACGCCGGGGGCCGGCGGCUGCCGGCUGCAGGAGGCUCUGGAGCAAGGGUCUCCUCUCCCAGAUCUGCAGGAGCAGUUCAGCCCUCCUGAGAUUGCACCGCCGCUGCUGGUGAAGCUGGUAGAAGCUAUUGAGAAGAAAGGGUUAGACGGCGAGAUGUUGUACAGGACAUCUGGCUCCGAACUGAGGCAAGCGCUGAGAACCGAUUGGACCCUGGGCGACCUGGAGCCCUUCGACGUGUACUCCCUGGGCGAGGCGCUGCGAGGCUACCUGCAGGACCUGCCCUCCCCCGUGGUGCCAGUGUCCGUGCACGGAGACAUCCUUCGUGUCCUGCAGGAGAUCCCCCAGCCGGAGAAUUGCCGGAAGCAGCUGCUGCUGGCCCUGGAGUCGCCUGCGGUCCCGCUCCAGAACACGCUCACCCUGCAGUUCCUGCUCCGGCAUCUGGGGAAGGUAUCGCAGCAGGCCGAGAGCAACAACCUCCACCCUCGCGCCCUGGGAGAGAUCUUCGGUCCCCUUCUCCUCCGGCUGCCUGGCGCCAGCCCAGAGCUGAGCCCUGACUUCUCCGUCCUGUUUUUGGAGAUACUUCUGCAGACAAAGGAAUUGGAACCAGAACAGUUGCCUCCAGCCCUGCCUCCAAAACCUCCUAAGCCAAAGCCCAGUGCAGCCAGCUUGGCCAACGGGAACAGCGUGCCCUUGCAGGACGCCGAGUGGUACUGGGGUGACAUUUCUCGGGAGGAGGUGAACGAGAAGCUACGGGACACGCCGGAUGGUACCUUCUUGGUGCGCGAUGCCUCCAGCAAGAUCCAGGGAGAGUACACGCUCACGCUCAGGAAGGGAGGCAAUAACAAGCUGAUCAAGAUCUUUCACCGGGAGGGGAAGUAUGGCUUCUCGGAGCCCCUGACUUUCGGCUCGGUGGUGGAGCUCAUCACCCAUUACCGGCACGAGUCGCUCGCCCAGUACAACGCCAAGCUGGACACCAGGCUGCUCUACCCCAUCUCCAAGUACCAGCAGGACCAAGUGGUGAAAGAAGACAGCGUGGAGGCCGUCGGGGAGCAGCUGAAGGUCUAUCACCAGCAGUACCAGGACAAGAGCUGGGAGUACGACCUGCUGUACGAGGAGUACACGCGCACAUCCCAGGAGCUGCAGAUGAAGAGGACAGCAAUUGAGGCCUUCAACGAGACGAUCAAGAUCUUUGAGGAGCAGUGUCAGACGCAGGAGAAAUGCAGCAAGGAGUACAUCGAGCGCUUCCGACGGGAGGGCAACGAGAAGGAGGUGCAACGGAUCCUCAUGAACUCAGAGAAGCUCAAGUCUCGCAUCACAGAGAUCCACGACAGCAAGAUGAAGCUGGAGCAGGACCUGAAGAAACAAGCCUCGGAGAACCGGGAGAUCGACAAGCGCAUGAACAGCCUCAAGCCAGACCUCAUGCAGCUGCGCAAACUGCGGGACCAGUAUUUGGUGUGGCUGACGCAGAAGGGUGCCCGCCAGAAGAAAAUCAACGAGUGGUUGGGCAUCAAGAACGAGACAGAGGACCAAUACUCCAUGAUGGACGACGAGGAGGAGCUGCCCCACCACGAGGAACGAACGUGGUACGUGGGGAAGAUCAACCGCUUGCAAGCAGAAGAGAUGCUGUGCGGCAAGCGGGACGGCACCUUCCUGAUCCGUGAGAGCAGCCAGAAGGGAUGCUACGCCUGCUCCGUGGUGGUGGACGGUGACACCAAGCACUGCGUGAUCUACAAAACGGCGACCGGCUAUGGGUUCGCUGAACCCUACAACCUCUACGCCUCCCUCAAGGACCUGGUCUUGCACUACAAGCACACGUCCCUGGUGCAGCACAAUGACUCCCUGAAUGUCACGCUGGCUCACCCGGUCCUUUCCCAGCCACCAGCCAGAUGAGCAGCCUGUGCACAACACAACAGCUGCCUUCAGCUUCUCCCCAGGGCGCUGCUUUCUGGCUCUGGACUCUUGCACCCUGUAUAGUUGAGUCUCUGUGCUCCUGCCCCUCCAGAGCCUCUGAUGACCGUUCCUGAUGUCCCUUUUGGUCAGUAGCUGAAACCCGUGUUGGCUGAUGGGACAAAAAGGCUGGGCUGCUGAUUCCCCAGCCUCUAGGAGGUGGGAUCCAGUUGUGAUUGAAUUGCUGGGGGUGAGCACAGCCCCCUCCCCUUCCCCGAUAAGCAGGUCAGAUCCCUUUCUUGCUGUCAGGUCACCCCGCUACGCAUCACUGUAGAGCUAGGUUCCCGAUUCCUCGGCGACGGUCAGCGCCCCAGCCGAGCUCUGCUCUGAGCGAGGGGCUCCCUGCCUGGAUUCUGGAGGAGGCAGAGGAGGAGGAGGCUCCGCUGAGCGGUUGAGCUUGUGCAUCCUCCACUCUCGCUUCCCUCAGUGAUCUUGCAGGCUGCGGUGGUGUCUGGUACGAGGGGUGCUGCUCUUCCAUGCAGAGACUCGCUUAGAAAGGAGAAACCCCAUCCUCUGUGGGGCUUCUCAGCUGAGGUCUCUGCUCCGUGCCGUGCCCCCACCUCACCGUCUUGUUCCCUAAUGUCGUAAUCGCCUCUUGAGUGUUGCUGUCUGGGGAGGGAGGAUCUGCUUGGCGAUGAAUCUCUCGCCUUCGUUGUGCCAACUAAGCUGUGAAAUCCGUGUUGGUACCCGUGUUUUUCCCGGCAGGAUCUAUGGGGUGCACAGCUCGUUGUUUCCAGCUGUCUUCAGUGAAUCUCUGCAAACGUAACCCGUUGAAGCUAACUGUAGCUCUGUAAAUAUGGUUCUUUUCGUAAUUGGCUGCUUAUCUAGUACUGGUGUUUGCUGAACUCCCACUACGAUAUGCAAGCGCCUGAGCAGCAGCUGCCCGGGCUGCUGCAGACUCGGGUCCUGCCAGCUGAAGCAGGAGGGAGCCCGAGUCCGACGCACGCUACGAGCCCUACACAAAAUGAAGGACCUCUCUGCUGCAGGAGGACGGUAUCUCCGCUGGGCCAAGGGCCUUAGCGCAUAGAAAUGUAUAUGCAUGAUGUCGAACUAUGUAUGCAAAGCACUUGUAAUCAUGAGUACUGUAUGGGGACUUGGGGGGGGGGGCGGGAAGAGCUGGGGGUUGCUGUAGUGCUGCCCAUCGUAGCUGGCUGGCGCGGGCAGGGGUUUGUUGUGUCUGAGUUCAGAGGGCUCGAGGGCAGCGGAGGUGGCCCUGGCAGAGCUUUAAAAGCUGGACUUGGGCUGAGAGUUGAGGCCAUGGUGGCAUUUGCUUUACUGGGUUGUCCCGUCUGCCUGGCUUGAAGAAAGCAUUAAUUGUCCUCUUUGAUUUGCCAGAGAGGCUCUUUCGCUUCCAGAGGCCGCGUCCUCAGGACGGGCUGCUGGGUGCUGUAGGCUUUGCCGCUUCUGUUCGGUGUUGCGACUCAGGCUCCGCCGGAUCUGCGGGGUGCUGCCCGCUCGUGCUCCGCUUGCAUCCUGUCCUCGACGUGCCACCUGCGUUGGGGACCGCGCUGUCCCUCCUCCCCCGGCCAGCUCUGCUUCUCACUUUGCUCCAGGCCGGUCCCCAGAACCUUUUGGAUCGGGGAUUGCUGGAGCAAACGUCCCAUUCCUGUUGCUUGCGGCAGCUCUGCUUAUGCUCGACUGUACAGACCCCCCUCCCUGCUCUGCCUGCCCUCCCCGGGCCCUGCGCCAUGGUUUUUGGUUUGGAUUUGUCGGCGUUUGGUGCUCUGUGGAUACGGGGCAGCAGUGCUGGCCCUGACCCACCGCAGCCCAGGCGUGCGCUUGCGUGCUGUGUUUGUUCGGGGAUCACUUGGGAAAAGCUGUCAGGGAUAAUUAAGGGAAUAGUUUAGGCUGGGACGUAUGAGAGAUAAGAGCACGUGAGAAUGGGGCAGGGAGGCCCAGGGCUCACAGCUCUCUCUGCAGAGGCCUCCCGGGGGCUGGGGGGGGUCAUACCAACACCCCAAAGCUUUCUGCCAGGCUCCCACACCGGUCAUUUGCAGCCUGGAGCCUCUGCCCCGUUCCCGCGCUUCCAGCGUGUCCCUGCACCGUGGGGCAGGCUGCAGGUGGGUGGGACCCUCCAGCCGCUCGCCCCACGGGGUCCACAUCCCCCCCCACACCCCACCAGUGUGAGCUCGGGGCCCAUCCUGCCCCGGGGGGAGCUUUUGUUCACGCCAGGCCCUGCCGUGCAUCUGCGAGAGUCUCAGCUUAAAGCCGUCGCCUGUUGACACUUCGCUUGGUGCUCGCUCCGGCUCUGCUGGCCGGUGAAAUUCCAGCUUAACACCUUUUUUUUUUUUUUUAAUCCUUUUGGCUGAAUUUCUGCUGUUCUCCCCACGCUAUCCCUUCCUGACACCCAGCCAGAGCCUCUUCCUCCCCAGGAGCGUGGGCAGCUCAGCGUGAGCUGGGGGGGGGUCACGGUCACCCCUCUGCCUCUUCCAGCACUGCCGUUCCUGCCCGUCCCCGACAGGGCUCUGCGUGCAAGUCCUGUGUACAAGGAGGAGGAAAAUGCCCUUUCCCAGGGCUGCCUUUCCCUGACGGUGCUUGACUUGGCUCCCCGAAACGCAGCUUUUCCCUCAUCUCCCCCUGGGGUGGAACCCCAAGCCCCGAGCUCCCCGCCUGCAGUGCAGCUCCCCCCCCAACCCCCCCCCGCCCCGAAUGAGCUAGUUGUGAUUUGUGCUUUGAUGCUUUUCGCUCGUGCUUCGUGUUCACGCCGCCGGACGAACCCGGGAGCGAUGUGUUUCGAGGCCCCAGGCUGUGCUUUGCUGCUUGUGACACCCCCCCCCCUCCCUUCCCCAUGUCCCCCCAAAACCAGCCGCUCACCCGCAUCCCGUGGGUGCAACGUGGCCGUUCCUGCUCCCCGGGGCCCAGCUCCGGUUUUGUCCCGCCAUGUCCCGGCUCGGGAUGCUCCACGCUCCCCCGUGUAACCCCCCCCCCCGAGAGCUCUUGUGUCACCGGAGGCUUUGUGCUCGGAGAGGACGUGGCGGCUGCGUGAUUUUAGUUCCUAGGUAUAUGCAAUAAUAAAUAACUUGCCACUUCAGCUGUUCGUUACCAGCAGUAGUUCUCUAUGCUCUUUCUGUUGAUGUUUACUAAUGUAAACCCAGUAUUUGUUACUGUAAGAGGAUUUUUGUACGGUACUUCAAAAAAACCCACAAAAAACAACAAAAAAAAAAUUAAAUAAACAGAAUUAAUGAAA